CUUUCCUGUAAUGGCGGACCAGGCGGAGAGCGAGACCAUUGGAUUCAGCGACAACAGAAUGGUGCAGCAGGCAGUGCGGUUCCGCAGUCCUGCCCCUGGCCCUGCACCCAGCCCUUCACCUGCAUCUGCCCAGACCCCGGUGUUACGAGGUCCACCACCACUUCUUAGGCCACCGCCGCCUCCUUUUGGGAUGAUGAGGGGACCUCCGCCACGACCCCCAUUUGCACGUCCUCCCUUUGCCCCCAACAUGCCACCUAUCCCUCCUCCGGGAGCCAUGCCCCCACCCAUUGGACCCCCUCACUUACAGAGACCUCCUUUCCUUCCCCCACCCAUUGGUAACCUCCCACCUCCUCCAGGGAUGCUGUUCCCUCCGGGGAUGCCUCCUGUUCCUAGCUCUGGAAACCCUGCACUCAACCCUGCUGAGGAAAUCUGGGUAGAGAACAAGACGUCUGAGGGAAAGGCAUAUUACUACAAUGCCAGGACCAGAGAGUCAUCGUGGAGCAAACCAGAUGGUGUGAAAAUCAUCCAACAGUCUGAGCUCAACCCUCUUCUGGUCGGAGCUGGGGCUGCAGGGGCUGGGGUAAGUGGGGGGGUAACUGCAGCUGCAAGCUCGAGCACUGUCAACACUACAGCCAGCACCGCUGCCUCCCCGUCUCAGGCCCCGUCCACAACGCCCUCCCGCACAAUUACCUCCAGUCCAGACUCCACCACCUCCCUCUCGCCUUCUGUGAGCAUUGCAGCCUCUGUUGUAGCAGACCAUCCCCCUGUUGCCACAGUGUCCUCAACUGUUGCAGUUUCUCCAGUCACUGUGGUGACUGUUUCCACGGUGCCAUCGCCUGUUACAGCGGUGCAGACUGUGCCUCUGCUGCCCGCGGGCCUGCCUCAUAGUGUGGCCCAGCCCACCACAGCCAUACCUGCCUUCCCUCCUGUCAUGGUGCCACCUUUCAGGGUGCCCCUGCCUGGCAUGCACAUUCCUCUACCAGGUGUAGCAAUGAUGCAGAUAGUAGGUGCGCCGUGUGUAAAGGCAGGCCCCAGCGCCAACGGUAUGAUUCCUGGUAUGGGCCCUCCUUUAGUUUCUAUGAUGCAUCCCCAGCUGGCUCUAUCAGCAGCUCCUGCCUCCAUGGCCGGAUCAUUGCACCUUCCUGAGUGGUCAGAGUACAAAACGGCUGAUGGGAAAACAUACUACUACAACAACCGAACACUGGAGUCCACCUGGGAGAAACCACAGGCCCUAGUGGAGAAAGAAAAAGAAGCACAAAAAGUAAAAGAGCGUUUGGCCCAAGAAGAAGCCGAGGCAAUGGAGCUGGAGGCUGAAGAAAAUAAAACAGAAAACUCAAGCCAUGAGAAGGAGGAGCCUAAAGAAGAGGAGAUGACGGAGGAGGAAAAAGCAGCUCAGAAAGCCCGGCCUAUAGCCACCAAUCCUAUUCCUGGCACACCAUGGUGUGUGGUGUGGACCGGGGAUGAUCGUGUAUUUUUUUACAACCCCACAACACGGCUGUCCAUGUGGGACCGACCCGAGGAAUUGGUUGGUCGAGCCGACGUCGACAAGCACAUCCAGGAGCCGCCACACAAGAGAGGCCUGGAGGACAGCAAGAAGACAGGAAUCAAUAAAGAAGAGCCAGAAUUAGCUAUAGCUACUGAAGAAAAUCAGGACGAGGAGCCAACCAAAGCUAAAAAGAGAAAGAAGGAGGACGUGAAGGAGGCAGACUCAGACAAGGAAGCAGCAAUGGAGGCUGAACUCAGAGCUGCGAGAGAACGAGCUGUAGUGCCCCUGGAGGCCAGGAUGACUCAGUUCAAAGACAUGUUACUGGAAAGAGGGGUGUCUGCUUUCUCUACUUGGGACAAAGAGCUUCAUAAGAUUGUGUUUGACCCACGUUACCUUCUGCUCAACCCAAAAGAGCGAAAACAGGUGUUUGAUCAGUAUGUGAAGACGCGAGCUGAGGAGGAGAGGAAAGAAAAGAAGAACAAGUUGAUGCAGGCCAAAGACGAGUUCAGGAGGAUGAUGGAGGAUGCAAAGCUCACACCAAGAACAACGUUCAGUGAAUUUGCAGUGAAACAUGGACGAGACCCACGAUUUAAGACCAUAGAGAAGAUGAAGGACCGGGAGGCCAUCUUUGUGGAAUACAUCACAGCUAUGAAGAAGAGAGAGAAAGAGGACUCCAAGUCCAGAGGAGAGAAGGUGAGGCAAGACUUCUUCGAUCUGCUCAAUGAACAACACAUAGAGGGAGGCCAGCGAUGGAGCAAAAUUAAAGAGAGGCUGGAGACUGACCCUCGAUACAAGUCUGUGGACAGCUCUGCGCUCAGAGAAGAACUUUUCAAACAGUACAUGGAAAAACAAGCCAAGAACGUGGACAUCGACAAAGAGCGAGAGUUGGAGCGACAGGCUCGUAUCGAGGCCAGUCUCCGAGAGAGGGAACGAGAGGUGCAGAAGGCUCGAUCAGAACAGACCAAAGAGAUCGACCGGGAAAGGGAGCAGCACAAGAGGGAAGAGGCCAUCCAACAUUUCAAAGCUCUCAUGUCCGAUAUGGUACGUUCUUCAGAUGCCACGUGGUCGGACACACGUCGUAACCUGAGGAAGGACCAUCGCUGGGAGUCGGCAUCGCUGCUAGAGAGAGAAGAGAAGGAGAAGCUGUUUAAUGAACACGUCGAAGCUCUGGCCAAAAAGAAGAAAGAACAAUUCAGGCAGCUGCUGGACGAGACUAGCAUGAUCACUCUGACUACGACAUGGAAGGGGGUGAAGAAGGUCAUCAAAGAGGAUCCUCGCUGUAUCAAGUUUUCUUCUAGUGACAGAAAGAGACAACGCGAGUUUGAAGACUACAUCAAGGACAAGUACAUCAUAGCCAAAGCUGACUUCAGAACUCUGCUAAAGGAGACAAAGUUCAUCACUUACAGGUCGAGAAAGCUCAUCCAGGAGUCAGAGCAGCAUUUGAAAGACGUGGAGAAAAUCCUUCAGAAUGACAAGCGUUACCUUGUUCUGGAGUGUGUCCCAGAGGAGCGCAGGAAGCUCAUCAUGUUCUACAUUGAAGACCUAGACCGUCGUGGCCCGCCACCUCCCCCCACCGCCUCCGAGCCCACACGACGCUCCACCAAGUGACCAGUCACUUCAGCUUCUCGGCCAGUGUCCUAACCCUUCUUGUCCACCCUUUGGCCAGAGCAUGACCUCCCCAACACCCCCCUGAACCCUCCAGGCCCACAGCUGGCCUCACAGCGUUAUUACUGGGGGUUCUGUUGCUUAGAGAUGUACCAUAGAGAUGAACGGUUAAGGUCUCUUUGUUAUGUCGCCCGUUAGCUCUGAGAUAACCCUGCGUUUGAGACAACGGCAGGAAAUCGAGGUCACCCGAUCUCAAGGUGAUCCUUAGUCCCUCACCUCUGACUGACCACAUCAGAGGGAGAGGGGACAGUGAUGAGGCUGCUGCCUAAGCAGCGACAGAGGUGUAAGAUAGCUGAUGUAAAUGAAGUUGAGUGUGUGCCUGUGAGUGCGUGUGUGCGUGCGCAUGUGUCUGAGGCAUCUUCAAGCCUUACAGCUCCACUGUGCCAGUCAUUGUUUCAGUCAUUGGCUCAGUGUGAAUGUUAGUUUCGGCCCAGUGGUUUACUCCAAUGUUGCAGCAGUUUUCUCUGGUGAUUGAAAUAAAGGCAACUUCCACUGUUUUUCAAUAAA